GUGCCACGACUCCACACAUACAUCGACUGACUCCUCAGCCCGUUGUUAAGAUUUUUUGUUUUGUUUUUUUUGCCGGCGUGGUAAGAUAGUUGUAUUCAAGGUAUUCACUUCUUUUUAAACUCUUCCUGAAGUGAUUCAUCUCACGGAACUCUGCCCGCGAGAAAAGGUUUAAUAAGAAGGCACACUUGCAGCUAUGGACAUCUACGAUCCUCAGACCCUUGGAAUAGUUGUGUUUGGGGGCUUCAUGUUGUUCUCAGCAAUUGGGAUUGUCCUUGUCUCAACAUUUUCCAUGAAGGAGACCUCGUAUGAAGAAGCUAUAGCCAAGCAACGAAAGGAGCAAGGAAAGUCCCAAACAGGUCAACGAACAGACAAGAAGAAAAAGGACAAGGCAGCUGAGAAGAAAAACCGAGGUAAGAAAAAAGAAGAUAAGGCCAAUGGGGAGUCAGAGGUCAUCCCUGAGGUUGCAGAAGCACCAGCUCAACCCACUUCAUUAAUACCACCUGCCCCAGAACAAGUAGCUGCUCCGACACUUCAACCAGAAGCUCCUUCCCAGAAGUUGAAUCAACCCGCCCCAGACCGGAAAUCUGCUUCUCCUGCUCAGAAAUCUGCUUCACCUACUCCUGCCAAUAAAUCUACAUCACCUUCUCCUGCCAAUACAUCUACAUCACCUACUCCUGCCAAGAAAUCUACAUCACCUAUCCCAGCCCAGAAAUCUGCUCCAGCAGCUCCUGCCCAAAAAUCUGCUCCAGCAGCUCCUGCCCAAAAAUCUUCGCCAGCAGCCCCAGCCCAGAAAUCCACUUCUCCUACCCCUGCUCAGAAAUCUGCUCCACCGGCCCCUGCACAAAUAUCUGCCCCAGCCCAGAAAUCAUCUGCAUCUGCCACAGCCCAGAAAUCAUCUGCAUCUGCCCCAGCCCAGAAAUCAUCUGCAUCUGCUCCAUCUGCCCCAGCCCAGAAAUCAUCUGCCCCAGCCCAGAAAUCUGCUCCAUCUGCCCCAGCCCAGAAAUCUGCUCCAUCUGCCCCAGCCCAGAAAUCUUCUUCAUCUGCCCCAGCCCAAAAGUCUGCUUCAAUUGCCCCAGCCCAGAAAGCAGCUCCACCUGCACCAGCCCAAAUUGCUGUUUUAGUUGCCCCAGGCCAAAAGACUUUACAAACUUCCCCAACCCAGAAAUCAUCUCAAGCUCAAUCAUCUAAGUCUGCAGCAGGUCCUACACCCUGUUCCAUUCUAGUUGAUGCCCCACCUGCCCCAUCUCCUAAGAAUAAGAGGAAGAAGAAAGCCAAAGUGGAGUCUGCCUCUGCUGAGGUUUUGCUCAAAUCAGUGGCUCCAUUGGAGACAGUGACUAAAAAGGUUCCAGUGAUGGCUGUACCUCCAGUGGGCACUCUAAAAGACUCCCCAGUAACUGCUGUGCUGACUAAAGCAGAGGAACACAAACAAGAGGCUCCACCUAAGAAGAAAGCAGGAUCCAAGAAGGCAGAGCCAGCGGCGGCUGCAGACCCCGCAGACAGUCCGAUGUACCUACCGUAUAAGGGUUUGGUGUCCACUGUUAGGAGUAUGGUGUUCAGUGAAGGAGAGGCCCAGCAGCUCAUUGAGAUUCUGUCUGAUAAAACUGGCAUCAUCCAGGACACCUGGCACAGGGCUACACAGAAGGGUGAUCCAGUAGCCGUUCUGAAGAAACAGCUGGAGGAACGGGAAAAGCAGCUGGCAGCCGAGCAGGAGGAUGCAGCAGCUGCUAAGAGCCGUCUGAGAGAACUGAAUAAGGAGCUGUCUGUGGAGAAGUCAAAGGUGGCAUCUGUAGAGACCAGGCUGAGCUCUCAGCUGAGCAAGCGAGAGCAGGAUAUUAUCGCCUUGCAAGCACGCAUGCAGGCCAGUUAUCAAGAUCACCUCGCCGAGAUCCAGCAGCUUAAUGCCAAAGUCUUGGCUCUCCAGGACCAGCUGGAGAAAGGCCCGAAUGCUCAGCUGGCCCGUCUACAGCAGGAGAACUCCAUCCUCAGAGAUGCUCUCAACCAAGCCACCAGUCAGACUGAGAGCAAACAAAAUGCUGAGUUGGCCAAACUGCAUCAGGACUGCAUGCGGCUGAGUAAGGAGCUGAUUGAGAAGAAUGAGUCCUUGAAGGCUGAUGAACAGCUCAAGAAAAAUCUGGAAUCUAAAGCUGCCAUUGCUGAGAAGCAACUGGCCCAGCUGCAGGCAAGCUGUGUGAGCAGUGAACAGGCCCUGCAGAAGCAUCUGGAGGAAGUGAGUGAGGAGCUCAGACAGACCCAAAGCAGCAAAAGCAGCCUUCAGACACAGCUGGAACAAGCUCAGCGAGAUGCCAAUGCUUUAGCAGAGGCUCAAGCUCGUGUGGCUAGUGUGGAGGCAGAACUAAGAGUGAGUGCUGGAGAGGUGGAGAGUCUGCAGAGCCAGCUGAAGCAGACACAGGUGGAGAAAGAGCAGCUGCAGGAGGCAAGCCAGAACAAGGAACGGAACCACAUUUCAGAGGCUUUUAUGGCUGAACUGGAGCUAGCAAAGAGCAGCCUGAAGGCGAAAGAGAGUAGAGUUUCAAGUCUUGAAGAAGAGAUGACCCAACUCAAAAACACCAUCGGCAAUCAGGUGGAUAACAGAGCAGAGGUGCAGCAGUUUUUGCACAGCAUCAAAGAAAAAGAUGACCAAAUAGCUACUCUUCAGGAAGAACUUCAACAGGUUAAAGAAAAAAGUUCUGACCUUAACAAUCUUGAAAACACAAAAAUGCUGGAACAGCUACAAAACAGUUUGAAAGAAGAGGAGGCUCGGGUGGCUUCGUUUGAGAAUGAGUUGAGACAGUAUAAAGAACAGUGCAACACUACAAUGGAAGACAACAAAGCCAAAAUGGAGUCAGUAAUUAAGAGUGUAACUGAGAAAGAAAGCCUUGCAACAUCACUACAUCAGGAACUGCAGCAACUCAAGGAACUAUAUCAGUCACAAGGCAAGAGUUGCGAGAGUUUGGAGGACAUGUUGAAAUCUUUCCAGACUGAGACCAAAGAAGUUCUUCAUUCCCUUUUCCCACAUAUCAACAUAGAGACAGAACAGACAAAAUGGCUGCAGGACUUUGCUUUGAAAGCACAAGAGGAAUUAAAUCAAAAGCAACAGACCCCAGAAUCCCAACAAAGCACAGAGAUGUUGGAGGUAAUGGAGAAACUACAGACAGCCCAAGAGUGUCAGUCUACACUACAGGCAGAAUGUGAACAGUACAGGAGCGUACUGGCUGAAACGGAGGGGAUGCUUAAGACCCUUCAGAAGAGUGUAGAGGAGGAGGAAAGUGUGUGGAGGGCCAAGAUAACAGAAUCAGAGGAGAAACUGAGGAUGGCACUCAAAAACAUUCAAGAAUUGGAGGAGACAACAGAGAGUUUGAGAGCGGAGAAUCAAAGCAGUCAAGAGCUGAAGGACAAGGUUAUUUUGCUGGAGGCCCAACUAGAGGAACGCAUUCAGUCAGCUUCGACGGACAGCCAGAGCCAAUUUGAAGAGAUGACACAUUUAAAGCAACUUUUAUCGGAAUCGGAAAGACAACUGAGUGCAGCCCAGAAAGAGAUUCAGACACAGAGUGAGGAGCUUUCACAGGUUAGGAAGCAGCUUGGUGACAUGGCACUGCGAGCUCAGGGAGUGGCCGAGAACGGGCAGCCUGAGUGUCAGAUUCAGGCUGAGCAGAUGGUGGAAAAACUGCAAAUUGAACAGGCUCUAAACCAUCAGCUGUCUGCAGAAGUAGAGCAGGCACAGGAGACCCUCAGAAACCAGCUUCAAACCCAUAUAGAACAAAUAAAGUCAGCUGGAGACACUGAAUCCAUGGAGGAUGUUGCUCAGAUGAAGGAGUGUCUAGAAAUGGAGCGAAUGAUGACCAAAGAUUUAGGCCAGGCAGCCACCAAACUCCAGCAGCUGCUCAGAAACAGUCAGGACCUACUUGCCAAAGAAAAAGAAAAAGUCAAGACCCUGCAGGAUCAAUUGCUUGAAAAGGAGGGUAGUGGAGAGGUGAAGAAAGGCACUUCUGUUUGAGGAGGAAAACGCUACACAUUUUGCCAAAAAUUGCCUUAGGAUGACCAAAAUGGAGCAUUUAUGUUGUACUGGAGUCUUUUGGGAAUAAAUUGCACUUUUUGGAUAAAUCGUUUUUUUUUUUUAUUUAGGAGAUGUGCUGGAACGAUUUUUACUUUACACAUUCCAUGUAAAAUCUUAUGGCUAUGUCAGAAUUAUUCCUCAACUGCCUUAUAUUUUCUGAUUGCUCCUGGAUCUCUCCCCUCUGAUGUCAGUGUUAAAAGGGAAACCAUAUGUACAUUUAAGUGUACACCAAUUAGUGCAAUUACUUGUAAGUGAAUGAGUAUACAUACUUUUAUGGUACAUGGAUAAAGCAUUUGAAUGCCCUCUGUGUAGUUGGUUUAAAGACCACUGUAUAAGUUUGAUGAUUAAUAAACAUACCUACAACAUAGCUUUUAGUAUUACUGUCAGAUUCCUUUUAAAAUAGUUUUUUGGUAUUUUGUGGCUUGUUUAUCUGUUUGAAAAAGCAAUGGUCUCUUUUUACUAGUAUUGGAAGGGGACAUUAAUAAAUGUAUAUG